UGCAGAGCUAGAUGGCUAUAGUGUUGCAAAACAUGUGAGUGAAUACAGCUGUUUUGUUUACUAACCAAGGCUCAGUGUCGUUUAUUGGGUUUUUUAAUUUUUUUGCAACAACAAAAAGAUGGCUUCAAAUCAACUGGUCAAACAUUUGGGAGGUAAAGUCAAGCCGGUAUUAUCAUUAAAUCAAACGGAAGCCAGGCGUCGUGUUUUGAAUUUAUAUCGUGCCUGGUAUCGACAAAUACCAUAUAUUUGCUAUGAAAUGGAACUGCCGGUCAAUGAUAAACAGAUGCGCAAUAAAGUUCGUGAAUUAUUUCUGGCAAAUCAACAUAUAACUGAUGUUCGCGUGAUUGAUAUGUUGGUCAUUCGUGGUCAAAUGGAAUUGAAUGAUACAAUCAACAAAUUCAAAUCUCAUAUGCAUGUGAUGGCCUAUUUUAAUGAACAUCAGAAUCCUAAAGAUUUUCUGUCGAAAUUUUUGGCCGGUCAUAGUAAUGAAUAGAUUGAAAAACAAAAAGAAGUCUCGAAAUAAAUUUUAUUUCUUGAAAAAUGUCAAAAUACAUCCACCAACAGCAGUGGAAAAAUGAAUAAGAUAAUUAUCCUCUAA